AUGUCUGGUUACCUAAAAUUCAUGAAUGAUCUGGUAAGUAUUAAGCGGAUAGUGAGCUAUGAGCCUGUUGAUAAUAUUCAUCACUAUAGUGUUGUUGCUUCUAGAUUGUUGAUAGAAAAGAAAGAAGACCCCGGAGAUUUUACCAUUCCUUGCACCAUUGAGUAUUUCAACAUCUCUCGGGAUUUAUGUAUUCUAGGAGAAAGCAUUAAUCUUAUGACACUGGUGGUGUUUAAGAAGUUGGGGCUGGGGGCACCCAAACUAAUGUUGAUGAGAUUGUUAAUGGCUGACUGGAUAAUGAAAAAGCCAGUUGGUAUUCUUUUUGACUUUUUGCUAAAUGUGGUGUUGUUCAACAUUUUAGCCGAUUUCCUGAUACUUGAUUGUGAGGUGGACUUACAAGUCCCAAUCAUCUUUGGCAGACCCUUCCUACCGACAAUUAGGGCAUUGGUUGAUAUGGAAUUGGGGAAGAUAAGGUUCAUAAAUAACGAUGAACAGGUAAACUUCAAUAUAUGCCAGUCAAUGCAGAAACCAUACAUUAUGACAUUUGUGUCUAUAAUAGAAUCAAUUGAUAACAAAAUAAAUGCAGUGUCUGUACUAAUUGAAAGGAGGUUGGGUGUUGAAGCACUAGCAGUGGUGAUUAUGAAUUUCAACGUUGAUGGAAUUGAGGAAUAUGAUUAG